CCUGUCCCCAAAGAGCAUUUCCCAGACGCCCGCCAGCUUCCCCUCAGCUUGCUGGGAUCUCACCGGCCCCCCACGCAGAGAUAACCAGGCAUGUCGGACUCCGAAGAGGUUGUUGAAGAAUAUGAGCAGUAAGUGGUGUAGGAGUACGUAGAAGAAGAAGAGGAAGAAUGGAUAGAGGAAGAAGACGGUCAGGAAGAACAGGUAGAGGAGGUGGAGGAGGAGACCGAAGAAACCAGGGCAGAAGAACAAGAAGAUGAAACGAAAGCACCAGGAGAAGGUGGAGAGGGGGACCGGGAGCAGGAGCCUGGGGAAGGUGAAUCGAAGCCAAAGCUCAAGGUCUUCAUGCCAAACCUGGUGCCUCCCAAAAUCCCAGAUGGCGAGAGACUGGAUUUUGAUGACAUCCACCGCAAGCGUAUGGAGAAGGACCUGAAUGAACUGCAGGCCCUCAUCGAAGCCCACUUUGAGAGCAGGAAGAAGGAGGAAGAGGAGCUCAUCUCCCUCAAGGACAGGAUUGAACAGCGGCGAGCAGAGAGAGCGGAGCAGCAGCGGAUUCGCAGCGAGAGGGAGAAGGAGCGACAAGCCCGCAUGGCCGAAGAAAGAGCUCGCAAAGAGGAAGAGGAGGCACGGAAGAAGGCUGAGGAGGAAGCGCGGAAGAAGAAAGCUUUCUCCAACAUGCUGCAUUUUGGAGGCUACAUGCAGAAGUCAGAGAAAAAGGGUGGGAAGAAGCAAACAGAGCGGGAAAAGAAGAAGAAGAUCCUCAGUGAACGGCGGAAGCCCCUGAACAUUGACCACCUCAAUGAAGACAAGCUGAGGGACAAGGCCAAGGAGCUAUGGCAAACCAUCCGCGAUCUGGAAGCUGAGAAAUUUGACCUGCAGGAAAAGUUCAAGCGGCAGAAAUACGAGAUCAACGUCCUCCGAAACCGUGUUAGUGACCAUCAGAAAGUGUCAAAGGCUGCCCGUGGGAAGACCAUGGUGGGCGGACGGUGGAAAUAGAUGACUCAAAAGGCAAAGGAGGCUCAGCCACAGAGAGGUGUUACUGCCUUUUGGUCGACCAGCUGGCUUCCCCAGGUCAUGAAGCCUGCACCAUGCACCCACCUGCCCUCCCACUGCACAGAGCAAAGACCUUGCUGCAGGCACAGUACUGUCUGUGUGGGCAGAUGCUUCGCGUGGUGCCAUUUCUCAUCUCUGCACCCCCAGUUGAUGUUGUGUCUGUAAAUAAAAAGAAUGGUGAGGGGGCA